CAUGAAAAAACUUAAUGCGAUUUGCCUGAAAAUCUCAAUCUGGAUGAAUGGCAGAGAAAUCAAAUUUUUACCCUGGACCCAGCUGAAUUGUGCAGCCACCCUUUCCCAUGUGUCAGACAGCUCCAUGACAGUCCUCAAGCAGAUGGAUGCAGACAAUCAAAGGCAUCAUCAUGCAAAAUUAAAGCAUUGGCGGCAUGGUGCACCUUCCUUCUGAGGCAUAAGCUACCUAUCACGGUCCUGCUUAGCUCAGCUUGAUCAUGUCUGACUCUGGAUAACUAGCAGGCGAGUGAAAAUUGACUUGUAAAUCUUUCCGUUUUGAACAAAGCCUUAAUUAAAGCAAAGGUGACCUCUCAAAGUCACAUUUAAUUCCUGUCUGACUGCAACUUCUGUCACCCUCGAAAGAUCUCCGGACCAGUGAAGAAAAUGACUUCUUUUGCUGCGUUUGUUCAACAUGUGUGGAAGCUUUUUGUGGCUGAGAGGAAACCUGGUUGGAAAAAUUUGUGGUCUCUGUUUGCAAUCUGCAGCUCUGUUAGUUUCAUUGCAAAUGUGCUCCUGUUGCUAGCUGGGUAUUCCUUAGUCAUGGAAUAUCUCAUGUUUUCAAUAGCUAUAUUUGCAUUUUCCUGGAUUAUGCUCUCCAUUGGCCUGUGCUUCUUCCGGUUUCUACGCUGUUUUGCUGCCCUCUUUUUCCUUUCCUGUGGACUGCGUGAAGGAAGGAACAGCCUAAUCGCUGCUGGGACUGGUGUAGUGGUAGCUGGUAACCUCCAAAAUAUUUUCCACAACCUCAAACAGUUGGCAGAGAGUGUGAUUUGUAUAAUUGAGUCUCAGUGUUUCUCCUUUCUCGGACACUAUAUUGAAGCUAUUCGGUGGAUUUACCAUCAGACCAAGAACCUGAGCAACCCAUUUAAAGAUGUGGUGUCACUGGAGAGCAAAUUGAAUGUGUCUUACUCAGUUUCAGAUGAAGACUUGAAACUCAGGCUGAACAAGACAAAACUGUAUAUUGAAAAUAUCACCAACCAGAUCUCCUCUCUACUCACCCUACAAUCAUAUUUGGGGAAGAAAGUGCUCCCUCUACUGGGGAUGGCCUUUAUUCUUCUUGGGACAUACCUCUUCAUCCGAAAAUUCCUGAGCCCACACAACCUCAAGUUUAAGAAUGCUUACAUUACAAAUGAGUUUAUUAGAUAUAAUGAGAAGCUGAGGCAGCAACAAAAGCCCUCAGUCCUUCCCCUCAGUAAAGAAGAAAGAAAGCUGUACACAGUGGUACCGUCUUUUUGCCAAACUCGCAAAGACAGAAAACACACGGCACGCUUUUUCCUCCCAGUGCUUACUAAUCUUUGUAUUUGGGCUCUCUUUGCAGCAGUAGAUUAUUUGCUUUACUGGCUUAUUUUUUCGGUGAGCAAGCAUCUUCAAGAUUUGCCCGAGCUUGAGGUCCAUUUGAAAUUGUAUUACCAUAAAAAUGCUUAUAAAUUUAUCUUCAAUAAUGGGCAGAUUGCUGACAAAAAACCUUCCUUCAAGAUUCCUCUCUUCAAGCAAGCCUGCAUCCCCAAACCAAAUUUUGCCCUCUCUGCAACAUGGACGCAUCUGGGAGCCAUUGUCUUCUCUUUAACAGUGCUUGGGCUGUUGACUUCUACACUUACACAACUUAAAAUACUGGUGAUAACAUCAUUUUUUCCUAGCACAGGCAUGAAACGGAUCAAGUAUCUGCACAAAAAGUUGUUAAACAGAAGAUCAAAGUUCUCCGAGAGAAACAUGAAAAAGAAACCACAUUUGUUUGCAACGUUACACUUCUGGUUUCCAAUAGUCCAAGCAAUGAGAAAUGCCAGGAAGAAAGGAACAGAUGUGGCAAAAGGUGACAGUUUUUAACAUAAAGGCUAUGAAAGGCUAUGAAAAAGAUGUCAAGUUUGCUGCAAUAAAAUCCCCAGAUCAAAUCAGCUGCAGUCUGAAAAAUUAAUGAUGGGCUGACCCAGUUGUCUGAGGAUGACAAUCAAAACUGGCAGCAUCCAGGCCACUGACACUCCUGAAGUACGACCCACAUGUAAUGCACAGAAUGCUUAAGGGCCGUGUGUGUGUGUGUGUCUUCUCUUCUGCCUCUCUUUUUCGAUGUAACAUUUCGUCAGUGUGAAUGACUCAUUUCCCCAGAGAAAUUACUCCACACUUGCAUUUUGACAUGUGUGGGGUCCUGAUUCAACUUUUCAUUUCUUUAUUUCCAUGCACUAGGACAGUGCAUUUGUACCAGUGGACUUGCAGGUAAGGAGUGAGUCCACUGGGGAGGUCCAGAGAAAUACGAAGAUUGAGCACAUUAAAUGG